CAACAGUAUUAGAAUUUGGCGCCGCGCAGACAGAUUCAGAUUCUGGCCGAAUUGAAGGUUUCUUUUGAUUUCGAGUUAGCUGAAAGUUUCGCCUAAAUGACUUAAUGAUUUCGGUUCAGAGCUUCGUUAAUGUUCAACGACGUAAGAACAUCAUUUUAUGUCGCAUUAUCGGUCGUAUGUUGCGUUUAUAGUAAUUAUGGUUACGAAACUAGUACGAAAAAUUUGAUUUUAUAUCCACCUUGGCUGGUCACAUAUCGAUACGUUAAUGAAAAUUAUCGAGUGGUUUGCACUUGCUACGAAGCUUACCACCAAAUAAAAUGGACCAGGCUGAACGAUGGAUUUAUUAUACCGGAAAAUGGAAAAAAAAUAUAUACUCAACAUAUUCAAAAGACUAUAGCUCUGGUAUUCCCGAAUAUCACCAAAGACCAAGAAGGAGACUACGAAUGCACCGCCUUCGAUAAAAAUAAAAACAUCAAGUACACCAAUCAAUUUACUUUGAACGUUGAAGAACCUAUCGUUUUCGAGGGUCCUACUGUUUACGAAGUAGUUACUGAUGAAACUGUCGUGUUAAAAUGCGAAGUGAACGAGAAACUUGCACUGAAAAGACAUUGGGAAUUUAAUGGAAAUGUUCUGCAUCCAGAGGAUCGUAUCCAGUACGAAAGCGAAGGAUUACGAAUCCCGGAGGUGAAACUAAGCGACGCUGGCAAGUAUUACUGCGUAAUAUCCCACUGGCCAUUCCAAUCGACUUGUAAUCGAUUAGAGAUAACGUUGAUUGUAUAUUAUAAGCCUGUGGCUCGAACUGUUUCAAAUGUAACUUAUGGAUUCGUCGACGAAGUCGUACCAAUUCUUUGCGAAGUGAACGCGAACCCAAAUCCGUGGUUUAUCUGGUAUAAUAAGCACAAGGAACCUCUGAAUCCUAAAAAUGAUAACGUCAGCAUUACUAUUCGUAAUGAUACUAGUACUUUAAUGGUAACCUUGAGCGAAUCUUUGAUGGAGACUUGGUUCAUUUGUGAAGCCUGUAAUGAAUUAGGAUGCACCCCACAGACCAUCCAGGUCAAGAAAACCACCAAACUGAGAACCCCUGUACUCGGAUUAUGGGACAUAGACUCAGACUCGGCUGAAUUUUACGUAUCUACUCAAAGCGAAGCUUCGUUGUACAUUUUUCAGUAUUUUUUCGACGUCGAUGAAGAUAUGCAAUGGGGUACCCCUUUUGAGAAAAAUUUUAGCACGAUUCUUCCAAGAGCUAAAAUGGACAGUUACAUGAGAUACGAAGUAGACGAAUUACAUCCGGAUACGAACUACAUUUUACGAGUAGCUUCGGCCAACCAGUUCACCAAAAGCGAGUUCUCCGAAGAGAGGAGGUUCAAGACCAGGAUUGGGCGAACUGUUCAUACAAUUUGCAAUAUUUGUAGUCGAUCGAAAAGCUGUUCGUUUGUAUUAUUGUUACCUUUUAUUAAUACUGUUUCGUUGAAAAAUAUAUUUUAUUGAUUUUCGGCUCAA